AUGGAGGAAAAACAACUUUACGGUAUUUUAACAGUGUAUCGAGAAAGAGGUGCGUAUUUGAGGCGUCUCGAACAAUUCGAGAAAGCCAAGGCAGCAUACGAUGAAGCCUACAGAAACAUUCCUGACGACGUUCGCCUGCUCACUGGCCGCAGUCAGGUGUGUGCUGAUGCGGUGAAACCAGUUCAAGCAUACUCCGAUGCAGAGCUGGCACUCAAACUGGAGCCUGGUAACAUGAAUGCCAAGAACAUGCAAGCUCGAGCAAUGUACACCAUGUCAGAUUUCGAAAGAUCAGUAGUGAUGAAUUAUAGAGGUGCAAGACAUCGAAGACAGCCUCCAUAUUUUAAAGAAGGAAUCAAUCAAGGCGUUGAAACCAUUCAAGACUGCAUAGGUGUAAAUGCGGGUACUGUGAUGUUAGAUUUUUUACCUUUAAUAAAGCAUAUGGAGGCUAAAGCAGGUCGAGUUGACGAGGACGAACCACAGAAAAAACUACAUGUUUCUCGCAUUCCAAAGCCAGAACGCAAGCGAAAACUUACUCAGAUGGAAGCACGAAAAGAUUUGACUCUGGCUCGUGUCCUGGCUAUGAAAUAUUUAGGGCCGAUGGCCUAUGAUAAAUUUUUCCUCCAACACCUUAUGGAUGAUGAACGUUUGAAAUCUGCAAAUUCAGGGGGUAGUAUGGAGUUAAAAGCGCUAGUUCGGGAAACUUUACGGUCUCUCACCGAAAGGCAAGAUAUGUUACGUUCUCAGCGUCCUUAUUACACAAUAAAAUUAGCUGAAAAGGCUGAAUCAAAACAUCAGAAUAAAUACAAGGAGGCCGUACUAGAAAAGGAACGAGAAAUAGGAGCUCGAACCGCUGAAAGACUUUUGAGACAGAUCGAAAAGAGCAUGCGAGAAAACCGCGUGAUGGAUUUAAUGGCUCAAGCAGAGCGCAUGCAGUUGUUCUUAGACGUAAAGACUCCACGUACGUUACCCGAUAAAGAGACAUACACUGAUCGCUUGUAUCGUGCAGUAGGAGAAGGGUACUUAUGUCAACAUCGCUUGUCGUAUACUCUCAGUGAGAGAGGAAAUAGACGUCGUAUCGCUUUUCUUAUGGGAUUACCAGUCGGACGACCGACCUCGUUCGAUUCAGUUAUGGCGACCUACCCUUAUAAAUUUAUUGAUAUAAAACAUGCCACUGCAAAGGUCGUUGCUACUCUAGAGAUGUGUGAAAACUCCACCAUGAAAUGUUGGUUAAUGUAUGAGUUAGCGCGUUUAUUGUGCACUCAAAAGAAUUAUGCUCUCGCCAAGUUCUAUGCGAAACGAUGUCAGAGAGAAGCCCAAGAAAUAAGUAGCGUGACUUGGUGGCUCAAUGGAUGUUUCGUACUAAUGAGCGGAGACAUGCAGCAAGGCAAUUCAAACGAAGUACGAAUACAAGUAGAAGAAGCGUAUGAAUUUUCAAAGAAGAUGCAGGAUCCGGAACGUGUUCAAGCAUUUUUGGCGAAAUGCGCCGAAAUGGCGGCCGAAACUGUCACCGCGGAUGAGAGGAAAGCCAUAAUACAGCGUGAGCGGCAAAUGGUCAGUGUCAUGGAUGAGGUUCAGGCGAUUGAAACACAAGUGUUAUUCAAAAGAAUGUCUACCGUGCCACCCGGCAGACGCUUUUCAGUUUUACCUCGUAAGCCUGAAGGCGGCGCAUUUCAAUCUGAAAGGAAACGGCGUCGCCAGAGGGGCCUGACAGUCAUACCGGGCCCCGAACGAGCAUUACCAGCUCCGCCUAAAUCUAACACUUUGGGUUUCCAAGUAUUCGAUUUAUGA